AUGGGGAUUAGGCACCUUUUGCUGCUGUUCAUCUACUUGGACCCGCUGUGCGUCCUGAGCGCAACGACGGGCGCCAAAAAAGCCAAAGCGGCGCCCCGGAAGGCUGCCAAAGCCACCGCGGAGCCCACGGCGGUCCCGCAGAAGACCCCGCAGAGCAACCACGACACCUGCCUGGGCUACUACGACGUGAGCGGCCAGUACGACAAACUGUUCGAGUGCAACAACACGGACCACCGCUACUGCUGCGGGACGUGCUACCUGCGCUUCUGCUGCGAGUACAAGAAGGACCGUUUGGACCAGAAAGCCUGCAAGAACUACCAGACGCCCGGAUGGGUCCAAACGGCAGCCCCGUCCCCGGUCCCCACCGACGAACCCUACUUCUCCACCAUGGACCAGACCAACACGGCGGUCUACAUCACCUGUGGGAUCAUUGCGUUCAUCAUAGUGCUGGGGGUGUCGGUCAAAGUUGCUUAUGACAAAGCCACGGAGCCGCCUCAGGAAAUGAACAUACACAGGGCUCUUGCAGACAUCCUGAGGCAGCAGGGGCCCAUCCCCAUUUCACAGUACGACUGUGAGAAUUUCGCGGCGAUGAACGGCUCCCCGAAAGACAACACCCCAGUCAGAACCUCCUCCAAGAACCACUACACCCCUGUUCACACCUCCAAAUCCAACCACGGUAAGAGCUCAUCUCGCUCCAUACUUGGAGCUCUAAAGCAUCUCAGGGAGCCAAUUGCUUUAGAUGCUGGCAAAGGUAGCGCCACAGACUCUGACGGGGCUGGAAGUGAGUCGGCCGGUGAAAUAGACCCGGAGCACGCCGCGUGA